AAUGUCGCCGCCUCCCAUUUACCUCGCAUGCAUCAUCCCUCCGGCGUCUGCCAGACGAGUGGUGCAGCCUGGGUUAAGAAUUCCACCAUAUUCCGAAGCCAUGGUCUCAUUGGUGGCCAAUGGGUUGCUGCCCAUGAUGGAAAGACUUUUCAGGUUAACAAUCCUUCAACGGGGGAAAUCAUAGCCUAUGUCCCCUUUAUGGGAAGACGGGAAACAAAUGACGCCAUUUCUUCUGCAUACCAAGCUUUUAAUUGGAGCAAAAGUCAUUCUUGGAGGUAAAAGACAUAACCUUGGAAUGACUUUCUAUGAGCCCACAGUUGUUACUGAUGUCUAGAGUGACAUGCUAUUAGCAAGAGAGGAAAUAUUUGGACCCGUGGCCCCUCUUUUGCGGUUCAAAACUGAGGAAGAAGCUAUCCGCAUUGCAAACGACACCAAUGCAGGGCUAGCUGCGUACAUAUUUACAAACAAUGUUCGACGAACAUGGCAUAUCUCAGAAGCUCUUGAGUAUGGGGUUGUUGGUGUUAAUGAAGGAAUCAUUUCGACUGAGGUGGCACCAUUUGGAGGUUUCAAACAGUCUGGUCUCGGGCGAGAAGGUUCCAAGUAUGGGAUAGAUGAAUAUCUUGAACUCAAAUACGUGUGCUUGGGAGAUAUUAACAGAAACUGAAAUGCAAGGUGUACUCGGUUGCCUGUUUAUGAUACAAGCCUGGAACUCGAAACUGUAC